UGAUUCCCAAAUUUCCUCUGGGGACUGGAGUCUGCUUCCUCGCGCUCAGCCCACCCCAUUGUUACACCAGAAGGUGGCAGUGAUAUAUAAGCCUUAGGUUAAAGUUGGAAAGUUAAGUUUUAGAAGGAUGUCUACAAAAAAGUAAUCGUCUUUUAGUGCUCAAUAUGGACUGGAAGGUAAAGGGAGACGGUAUCUUCAUCCUCUGCAUAGUUUGUUUUGUCUGCGUGACGUCAAUCGUAAGUGUUGACGUGCUGGUCGAAAGUCCUAAGCCAGCGAGAGUCGGUGAAAGCGUGACCCUAAAAUGCUCCCUGCAAACACCAAACUUGAAAGUUAAACAAGUAACAUGGAAAAAGUUUUCAAAGAAAGGAGUCACCCAGGUGGCUACAUACACAGCGAUAUUAGGAGCUUUAGUUUCGUCUGAGUAUGAAAAAGUCCUGAAUAUCACGGUGAAGAGUCUGCAGGCGACGGCCAUCACCAUAUGGAAGACUAAAGCUAGUGAUGAUGGAACUUACCAGUGCAUUUUCAAUGUCUUUGCACAUGGAGCCAUUGUCAGGAAUAUUUCCGUUUCCUUAUACGAGCCUAUCAAAGGAUCACUGCAGAAAUACAACGAAUCAGCCGACGCGUUUCUGGCCAAGUGCGUGACCACCGGCUGGCCGUCUCCUGAUAUUUCGUGGAUUGGUGUGGGAUCAGGGCACACAAACGGAAGUUAUUCGGAAACCAUAAAUGAGACAGCAACUUUUACAAACUGGAUCUUGGUAAAGAAGUUACCCAAAAGUAAUCUAAUGGAACAGCUGGAGUGCAGAGUACAUCAUUUGGGUUAUGAAACCAUAUAUAAGAUGCCCAAACAGCCACAUGCUAAAUCAGGUCUCCAGCCGAUCAUUAUUGCAUUGAUAGUUGGCCUUGUCUUGCUUGUUAUCGGAGUUGUGGCUGCCGUAGUUUGUCGUUCAAGAAGAAGAUCGUCUCAGCAUCUAAGCCAUUAAUAGAAUUCCCACCAAACAGUUUUUUUUUCUGGCUACACAUUUGUCCUCAUUCUGUUAGUUGGAAUCCUUACUGGACCAACCACUCUAUCUCCAGACAUCUGCUUUUUCUUUGAAGCUUCAUUGCUAUGUACCGUAUAUUGAUGGCUCCUCGACUUGGAGAAAUGGAUCUGGUUCACGUUUACGUCAAGCACACUGGAUAGAUAUUUAUGUCAAGCCCACUGGAGCAUGUAAGAACUUGAUCACCUGAAGAUAGACCCAAUGCACCCUUUAACAAGAGCUCUCUUAGUUUUAGACAAUGCUCCGUAAUUUAUCAUCUUUCUUAUGAAGCUGCAUCUUUUAAACAUGAAUUCCAGUUAUCACAAGGACUGUAAAAGCAAAUUUGAGGCCACAUCUGGACCUCCAACAACGGUGUUCAUGACAGUCCAGUCAACCCAAGAAAGUAUCCAGUGUGAUGUCCAAAACCAAACCUUAAUAAAGUAGAGCGAAUGAUCCAACUUUGUUGUGUGGUUGGCUGCAGACUGCUCCGUAUUCUGGUGACUGGAGUCCAAAUGAACCUAUUUGGAUUAUGAAAGGAUUCCACAGCAGUCAAGCUUCCGUACAUAUAAGAACGAUCACUCUUUUCAGGUCCUAAUAGCGGUCAUGUCUCUCAGAAGUCCAUAGAAAUAUUGGCGGAAAGCUGUCUUCAUUUUUUUCAUGUAUUAAAACCAACGGCGUGGUUUACGUGCAAACUAAUAACUUUUUAUACGGCCAUUGUACUAUUAAUUCUGUGUGUAUCCAGCUUUACUCUAAUUCUCUAAUCCUAGUAUAUCUGUCCUUUCCACUUAUGGACAUUUGUUUAGCACAUACACAAGUUUUAAAGAAAAGAUGGAUUAUAUGUGAGUGUAAUUACAUAUAUUUUAAACGGGCAUUGUUUGGAGUUGGCCACCCACAAAAGUUUGGAGACUUCAUCCUUAUUGUACUGUUUUCUAUUAACUCUGCUCAUUGUUGGAAUAUAUGGGACAAUUAUACUAUGAAUAAAGCAAAGGUAAUCUA